ACCACAGUAAGAACCCAGAAGGAGAGCCCUGCUAGAAGAGCUCAUUCUGCUGCCGGCAAUGUCCAGCCAGAAGCGUCUCCCCUCCAAAAUGGAUGGCGGCCCUCAAAAUUUCAAGGCGGCCCUUGCUGCUCUGGCUGCAAUCUUCUUGCGGCUUGGCGGUGCUGAACGUAAGAUUCCUCUCCCCACCCUCUUUCUGAAUUGCAUUUGUUUUGGUAAUGGCGUUGAUGAAAACCCAUGAAUCUAGGCCUAGAAGUGAUGGGCUGGUUUGCAUAUGUUUGGGACUUGAGGGGGUGGAGGCGGCGCCAGGCAGCUCUGCUGGGGAGAGGUCAGAAGCUGCUUACUGGGUGUGGUGGGGGUACUGCCAUAGCUUCCUGGCAGGUGGGCCGCUGUUGCUCACUGGGAGGGGAGAGGCAUGGUGCAAACACGCUAGCAGGAGACCAGAUUGCAUACCCUCCAACAUUUUUCUGAUGAAAAUAGAGGCGUCCUAUUCCAUCAUCGGAUGUGGGUGGUGCUGUGGGUUAAACCACAGAGCCUAGGGCUUGCUGAUCAGAAGGUUGGCGGUUCGAAUCCCCGUGACAGGGUGAGCUCCUGUUGCUCGGUCCAUGCUCCUGCCAACCUAGCAGUUCAAAAGCACGUCAAAGUGCAAGUAGAUAAAUAGGUACCACUCCGGCGGGAAGGUAAACAGCGUUUCCGUGCGCUGCUCUGGUUCGCCAGAAGUGGCUUAGUCAUGCUGGCCACAUGACCCGGAAGCUGUACGCCGGCUCCCUCGGCCAAUAAAGCGAGAUGAGCGCCGCAACCCCAGAGUUGGUCACGAAUGGACCUAAUGGUCAGGGGUCCCUUUACCUUUAUUCCAUCACCAUCAUGAUAAUAAAUGUAUUAUUUAUACCCUGCCAAUCUGGCUGGGUUGUCCCAGCCACUCUGAGCAGCUUCCAACAUACAGUGGUACCUUGGUACUCAAAUGGCUUGGCUCCUGAACAAAUUGGCCCUCGAACGCUGGAAACCUGGAAGUGAAUGUUCCAGUUUGCGAACAUUUUUUGGAAGACGAACGUCCGACGCAGCUUCCACGGCUUCCAAUUGAGUGCAGGACGCUCUUCCAGCCAAUUGGAAGCCGUGCCUUGGUUUUCAAACUGUUUCGGGAAUCGAACGGACUCCCAGAACAAAUUAAGUUCAAGAACCAAGGUACCACUGUAUAUAAAAACGCAGCAAAACAUUAAACAUUUAAAAACAACCCUAUACAGGGCUGCCUUCAGAUGUCUUCUAAAGGUUGUAUAGUUACUCAUCUCUUUGGCUAGGUUUGUGUGUGUAUGUGUGCGUGUGCAUGUGUGUUUACAACUCCAUACCCUCCAACAUUUCUCCGAUGAAAAUAGGGAUGUCCUAAGGAAAAGCGGAACAUUCCAGGAUCAAAUCAGAAACCAGGACAGCUUCUGUAAAUCCUGGACAGUAGGAGCUCUUGGAAGGUCUGGGAUUGGCUCUGCUGGUGCGUUGCACAUGCUGACCUCCCCACCUGCGGGAAGCUAGGACAGCAGCAAUUGCCCGCCUGGCAAGAGACUUCUGGGAAAGAACUGUUAAGACUGCGGAAAAAAGGGAGGUGGACACACACACACACACACACACACACACUUCCAAAACCUGAAGAGCUGCUGGGUGGAAAAGGGCAAAUACCUGCUCUCUGCUGCCCUUGGAAGGCAGGACUUGACCUAAGGUUGCAGGAGAGUAGGUUUAAGCUGAGCAGUAGGAGAAACUCUUUAAGGCUAGGAAAAAAUUGGCAAUGGGAGCAGUUUGUUAGACGUCUUCAAGGAGAGGCUGCUGUGAAUGCUCUAACUUUGAAUUUGCCCAUAGGAACCCUUCCAACUCAAUGAUACUGGUUGUAUAAUUUGAAGGAAUUAUUCGUGGGAUGGCUGAGACUCACUCUGGGGACCACACUGGGCAAAUGGCCUUCCAUAUUUCUCCACAUUAUUUUCAGUUGGCCGGAGGGUGUGGGAGGAACAUGUUGCCAAAUGUUCUCAAAGUAGGCGGAAUGGGAGGGAGUUUCUUCUCCAACGGUUCUUGGGAAGGCAAGGGGGUGGGAAUAUUCUCUGAAAAAUUCUCUCAGUUUGAAUGAUUUGGCUCUGUAAUACUGAACAAAACACUGUUGCUAGAGCAUAGUUGUGGAUGUUGGAGGAGACAAGGUCAAUGAGGAGGGCUGUAAUGAGCGGAGGCCAAGCCCAUGACAACCUUAAAAUCGGUUGGGAGCCACAGUGUCGGCUGAAAUUCUCCACUCGUGCAAGGACAUCUCACUUAACAUUGUCCAGAGAAGGGGCUGAGAUUCUCUAACGGCUCAGGGGGAGCCUGACCAAAAAAUAAAAUUUUAAGAGAAUGUCUUGUUCCGCCCUACCCAAACCCAAUGGUAUGACUCCAAACAAUGCAAUUCUGGGCUGCAUCAAUAGGAGUAUAGCAUCUAGAUCAAGGGAAGUAAUAGUGCCACUGUAUUCUGCUCUGGUCAGACCUCACCUGGAGUACUGUGUCCAGUUCUGGGCACCACAGUUCAAGAAGGACACUGACAAACUGGAACGUGUCCAGAGGAGGGCAACCAAAAUGGUCAAAGGCCUGGAAACGAUGCCUUAUGAGGAACGGCUAAGGGAGCUGGGCAUGUUUAGCCUGGAGAAGAGGAGGUUAAGGGGUGAUAUGAUAGCCAUGUUCAAAUAUAUAAAAGGAUGUCACAUAGAGGAGGGAGAAAGGUUGUUUUCUGCUGCUCCAGAGAAGCGGACACGGAGCAAUGGAUCCAAACUACAAGAAAGAAGAUUCCACCUAAACAUUAGGAAGAACUUCCUGACAGUAAGAGCUGUUCGACAGUGGAAUUUGCUGCCAAGGAGUGUGGUGGAGUCUCCUUCUUUGGAGGUCUUUAAGCAGAGGCUUGACAACCAUAUGUCAGGAGUGCUCUGAUGGUGUUUCCUGCUUGGCAGGGGGUUGGACUCGAUGGCCCUUGUGGUCUCUUCCAACUCUAUGAUUCUAUGAUUCUUCUGUUUCUAAUGUUAGAUAUGGCACUGCCAGUUAUGGGGUUACCAAUGGCGUGUCUUCCAGAUGUGUUGGACUGAAGACUCCCAAAAUCCUUUGUGGUUGGCCAUGUUGGGGGAUGUGAGCUGUGUUCCAAAACAUCUGAGGUGUCUCUCUUGUGUCUCCUAACCUUCUGGGGCCUAACAAAGCUUUCUCUCCCCACAAGUGAUAUAUGCAGAGAAAGGCUCUUCGCCGGAGCUGCCAUGUCCUGGCAAACAUGGGGAAGUAUCCUGGUACCUUCAGCAAAGCGGACCCACCCUUCUCUUUUCCAAGCGGGAGAACGGCCCCGUGACUCGUCUCCCAGAGGCCUGGGAUCGCCUCAGCGUGCUUCCAAAUGACUCCCUUCAGUUUAGCAAUGUGACGGACAGCGAUCACGGCAGAUACUGGUGCAGCUCGGUCAAUUAUUACGACCUGGUGGUCACCACAGGUGAGUGGACCAGCGUUAAAUGAGACUGAAAACGCACUUAGGGUCCCUGUCAUACCUGUUACUGUUUUCCUAAUAUAUGGAGUGUUAAGUUGUGGGUGAACAUAUCAGACGACACAGCGAUUCUUCAAACAGCUCUUGUUUAUUCACAGGCCAGAACAGAACUGAACUGAAGGGUUCAGCCAGCCUGCUUAUAUAGAGCUCCACUAGAAUGCAACAGUAACAAUUUUCUGUAACUAUCCAAUCACUGAACGUCACUUUCAAUCCCUUAUUUGCAUAUGUGGACCUGAGUGAAAACUAUCUACAGUAUUCCCCUGCUGGCCCAGGGUGAGAACUUCAGUACAUAACAUGGAGCACUUAUUACCUUUGUUUCUGUUAUGGAAAAAUAAUAAAAUCCAUUUAAACUGACGAAUCCCCAGCUCCUAUCUUAUUCUGAGCCCUUUCUAUAGGGCCGUAAGACUGUAGCUCAGUUCAAUCUGUGGCAUCUUCAGGCAGGACUGGGGAAAAUCAUUCUCUGAAAUCCAGGAGUGCCACUGCUAUUCAGCAAGGCCGGUCCAAGACAUUUUUCUGCCUGAAGCCAAUGACAAGAUGGUGCCUCCCCUCCUCCUUAAAUGUACAGAAGCCUACCAGGCUGGAAGUUAAAUCUUACUUCAAAACAGGACACAAGGCAUUGUCCUCUGCCCAGGGGUGCCAACUUGAAUAAAAUAAAAAUAUAUGGGGAGCAGUGGAGUAAGGUAAUCCUUACUCCACAUAAUAACCCCACCCCACAUAAUCAGCCACAAGAUUCAGUAUGUUGUUGUUGUUGUUUAGUCGUUUAGUCGUGUCGACUCUUCAUGACCCCAUGGACCAGAGCACGCCAGGCACUCCUGUCUUCCACUGCCUCCCGCAGUUUGGUCAAACUCAUGCUGGUAGCUCUGAGAACACUGUCCAACCAUCUCGUCCUCUGUCGUCCCCUUCUCCUUGUGCCCUCAAUCUUUCCCAGCAUCAAGGUCUUUUCCAGGGAGUCGAGUCUUCUCAUGAGGUAGCCAAAGUAUUGGAGCCUCAGCUUCAUGAUCUGUCCUUCCAGUGAGCACUCAGGGCUGAAUUCCUUCAGAAUGGAGAGGUUUGAUCUUCUUGCAGUCCAUGGGACUCUCAAGAGUCUCCUCCAGCACCAUAAUUCAAAAGCAUCCAUUCUUUGGCGACCAGCCUUCUUUAUGGUCCAGCUCUCACUUCCAUACAUCACUACUGGGAAGACCAUAGCUUUAACUAUCUGGACCUUUGUCGGCAAGGUGAUGUCUCUGCUUUUUAAGAUGCUGUCUAGGUUUGUCCUUGCUUUUCUCCCAAGAAGCAGGCGUCUAAUAAUUUCGUGACUGCUGUCACCAUCUGCAGUGAUCAUGGAGCCCAAGAAAGUAAAAUCUCUCACUGCCUCCAUUUCUUCCCCUUCUAUUUGCCAGGAGGUGAUGGGACCAGGGGCCACGAUCUUUGUUUUCAGUAUACACACACCAUUUGAAUGGCAAUGCCUCUUAACUUUGUGGCGGGGUGGGCAGUCCCCUCGAAUAUUUUAUUGGGUGUGUGUGAAGAGACCUUAGCCCCUAGGAGUUGGCUCCUAUGCCUCUGCCACACCUGAGGGCAGCAGGAUAGCUCUGGAGGGGGGUGGGCAGAGCAGGCAAAGUGGCACAACAACGCUCUCUCCGCUCUGCACCUCUCAGCAUCUGCCGCCUGAAGCAGCUGCCUCGCUCUGUCUCAUCAUAGGGCCGGCUCUGGCAGUCAGUGUAGGUGAUGCUGAACCAGAUGGACUGAUGGUUUGACUCGUUAUAAGGCCGCUUCCUACGUUCUCUGUUCCCAAUAACCGCUGCCAUUGGUGGGAUAAUGAGUUUGCUAGGCCAGCCCUACCCUGGCGGACCCUCCUGUCUCUGAACCAGUGAGUCCUGGAUCCCUGGCAACGAAGAGAAAGGCGCUAAGCCUGCCCACCUCCUGUGAAACACAGGAGCAGUCAAUUACAACAUUCCUAGAGUGUACAUGUUUAGACAUGGGGAGGGACAUGGGCAGGUAAACUUCCUGUUUCCUUCUGGGCUGGGACAGACUUCCUCCGCAUGUGACUAGAGGUGGGUGUGGCCUCACCUGUGCAGGUAACGACAAAAGCACAGGGCAGGGGCAGCCAUCUCUCUCUUACUUCUCUUCCUUUGAACAAGCAACAUCUCCUGAGUGCAAGAUGCCCUCUUGGCUCCCAGCCAAGAGAGGAGAAAGGGACUAUCUUCCUAUAAGAUAGAUUCUAAAUGUAUGUUACUUCACUAAGCCUAAGUCUGCCUUCUGGGAUCUGAUUGUGAACAGAAUGUGAGUAAACUCUUUUUAUACUUUUGUAAAGGACUGUGUCGUGUCUUCUAUUUUAAGAGGGAAUAAGGGGAAAUUACCAGAGUGAUUAUUAUAGAGGCUUAAGCGAGCCUGAGCAAACGCUGCCAUUGCAAACUUAAAAUAAAGGGGAAUGUUUUACUCUGCUGAUAUUGGAAACUUGUUAACACAAGUUGGAUAAGGAUAUAAUCAGAUAAUAUAUCCUCUCCUGCAUCCCUGAACAUUCCCACACUGCCCCGGUCCCAAAUGCUUCUUAAAUUGAACAUGGCACACCAGAGAUGCUUCUUUCUCAUCCAGGCACUAAGCGGAUGCUGGAGAGCAGACUGUCCGAUCUUGUGUGCUACGUCCUGAGCUGCUCUGUCUCGAGCAAGAAAUUAGACAAUAAUGUGGUGAGCUGGUGGGAGGGCAAGAAGGCUCUCCAGCAAGGCGAGAAGGAGAGAGACUACAGCAUCUUCAAAGGUCACAGGGCAUCUCAGCUCCACAUUUGCUUGAGGGAAGGGAAGGAGACCAAAGAGAGAAGACUGAAGUGCAGCUUUGCUGAGAAGCAGGAAAUCACCUUCCGUUUGACGGGGAGGGAACAGGAUUCGUGCGGCUGCUGCGGUUGGCUGCCCUCUCCUCCAGGUAAGGGGCUUUCUAGGUAUUUGGGCUACUUUGCAGGGAAUCUGCUCUUUAGGGAGGGGGUAGCUAAAGUUAUGAGAUAUUGAUGACUGUAUGCAUAUAUUUGAAAGGGCUGUGGAAUCGCUAACUGAGGGGAGGGAAACAUAGAGCCUCGUUUGAAAACACACCUAAGUCUGUGUACAGACGACACAGAAAGUAGCUGCUGCUUUAGGCGAUGUUAUCGCACAAAGGUGCAUGCAGUCGCAAACCGCUGUGUACAAAAGUGCCCUGUGAAGAAAUUACUCCUGUGUGUUUCAAAGGCUACAUGCCUGCACGGCUGUAGAUUGCAAUAUGUUAUUGUUGCAAUAACAGUGGGUGGCGCUGUGGUCUAAACCACUGAACCUCUUGGGCUUGCUGAUCAGAAGGUUGGUGGUUCGAAUCUGUCCCAGCUCCUGCCAACCUAGCAGUUUGAAAGCAGUGCAAGUAGAUAAAUAGGUACCACUGCGGUGGGAAGGUAAAUGGUGUUUCUGUGUGCUCUGGCUUCCAUCACGGUGUCUCGUUGCACCAGAAGUGGUUUACUCAUGCUGGCCACAUGACCCAGAAAGCUGUGUGUGGACAAACACCAGCUCCCUAGGGCUGAAAGCGAGAUGAGCACCACAACCCCAUGGUCGCCUUUGACUGGACUUAACCAUCCAGACAUCCUUUACCUUUACCUUUUACCUUUAUUGGUGCAAUAAUAGGCUGCUUGCACAUCUUACAUUUAAAGCAGAUUUCCACACACCCCAGAGAAUGUUGGGAACUGUAGUUUUUUAAGGGUGCUGAGAAAUACAGGUUUGUGAGGGGUAAACUACUGUUCCCAGGAUUCUUGAGGCGGGGAUGUGACUCACAAUAUAGGUGAUUCACAACUUAGGUGGGGGUUACGUUCCGGGCUUAGCAUGUAUAGCCAAAAUUGUUUGUAUUCAGUGGUGAGUGGGAUUGCUAAGGUCUUUUCUCCUGGACACUCACUUGCUUUCUGAACCCUUUGUAAUUUUUAUUUAUAUUUUUUUGCCAAGUGCAUAAAGCUGAAUGUGCACAAGUUAAAUGUGCAUAAGUUGCGAGUUAGCUGCAUUUGGUGUGUAUGUAGCCAUCUUAGAUUUAUUCUGGACCAUCCACACAUAAUUCUGCUUUGUUAGUUCUGCAGUGUUCUGCUAGUAGCGUUACUUAUGGUGCCAUUGCCAUCUAGAGGUGCACUUUUGAAUUACAGCACAACAAAAUGGGACAAAACAAAAAAAACCACCCCAAAACUCUGGAAUGUUUGUAAUAUGCAAAGUUAACAGGAUUUUAUCAGGAAACUGCGUGGAAAAUGCAACCAACUGGAAACAAAGCCAUGUUUCUGUCCCAAAACCUUUGCAGGUGCAAGCUGUAUUGAGAGCAGGAUCAUACAGAACUACUCCAAAACUACCAUGAGCACAAAUCACCAUUAAUGCACAAUAAAAAAGAUGUCUGGAGGGGUCCUAGAUGCAAUGCUUGAAUAGUGUCCCCCCCUUUGCAUCAGCUGGUCAACACGGUAUUGUUUAAUAGUACCAGUAUUCUGGAAAGGGUCCCCUAGUUUAGUAACAGAGCAUCUGCUUUGCAUGCAGAAGGUCCUGGGUUCAGUCACCAGAUAGGAAUAGGACUGUACCCUGCCUGAAACCUGCUACUGCCAGUCAGUGUAUACAGUACUGAGCUAAGUGGACCAAUGAUCUAACUCGGUGUAAGGUAAGGUUACCAGAUUCCCCCCCCCCCAUGAAUCUGGGGACACUUUAAAUAAAUAAAUAAAUACAUACAUACAUACAUACAUACAUACAUACAUAAAUAAAUAAAUACUACACGUUCAGGAUGUUGAUGCUGCAGUGAUGGCGGUGGCAGAGGGGUUGCCACCACCUUGACCUCAACCGCCACGUUUCCUCUUCCUCUGAGGCUUCUAUCUCCUUUCUCCAUGAGCCUGAGCAGCCCCUGAGUUGUUGGCUCUUUGGUGGUGGUGGUGGGGAAGCAGUGCGCUGUGGGUCAGGCAUGGAAGGUGGAGAAGGAGGGCCGAGAGUGGCGGUGGCAGUGAGGCUCGGGCAGCGAGAUGCCUCCCUUCCCAUCGGAGCAGCCCUAAUCUCAUUCCUACUUGCGUGCAAGCAGGAGGGGGCACAGAUCCCUCAGCUGGGAAGGGAAGCUUCCUGUUACCUAACUAAGAGAUCCCCGCCCCGCUCCUGCUUGCACGCAAGUAGGAGUCAGGAGGCUGCUCAGAUAGGCAGCAUGAAGCCUCCCUUCACAGCUCAGUUGCUGGGGUCAGGGAAGGUGGAGGCAGCCCGGAAGCUGCAUCUUCAAGCUCCUGCACCACCAUCACAUGGGGACUUCCGAGCAGCUCCUGAAGCCAGCCAGAGCCAACUGCUCCGGGCUGCUGAGACUGCCGCUGCUGCGUUUCCCAGGGACAUUAGAUGAAAUCUGGGGACAUUCCGGGGAUGGAAUUUGUCUGGGGACUUAUCUGCAAAUCCAGGGACUGUCCCCGGGAAACGGGGACGUCUGGUAACCCUAGUGUAAGGCAGCUUCCUACGCUGUUCCCUGCUCGAUGUCAUACACUGGCUGGGUAAAGAGGAUUGAUGGGAGGCAUCAGCUGGAGAAUCCCCUGGGGAAGGAGGCUCAGAGCCAGAGUGUCAGGGAAAGGUCUGAAGCAGAGGACUGGGGAAUGUAUGCUCAGGCAGAUCAGCUUCCCUCAAAAGAGGAGCUGAGGGGAGACUCACCCCCCCUUGUUUCCAGCAGUCUCAGAAGCAGAGGGAGACACAGACACAGAGCAGAUUAGACAGGAGUUGCCUAGCUACGAGAUAAUGACAAGAGAAAAAGAAGGGAGGGUACAGAUAGCAGAGACGUUAUUUGAGACUGUGCAGGACCCUCCCUCUCCACGAACUAGGAGAUCCGAAUGUAUUAGAGAACAAAGGGUGCAGAGAGGAGGAGGAGGAACUUCCUGUUGGUGAACAGGAUGUUGCCGAAGAUGGAAGGGGGAAGAAUUGGAGUAGCCAACUGCUCUCUUUGUGGAGGGAAGUGGAUUUUUGCUUGCGACCUGAUGCCUGAAUAAAAAGGACUGUACAAUAUAAACUGCUCGAUAAUUCUUAUCUGUGAAGUUACCAAAGGGGGAGGCAGACUCUCCACGCAUGACACAGAGGCUUGGUGGUGGGACAACGGUGAGCGGUCAGAAGGGGAAGACUGGGAGGCGGAGGUGUGGGAAGCUGAAAAGGUAACAGGGUUUAGUGAGCAGGGAGAGUCUGUGGCAGAGAGCAGCCCAGAAUCAGAGGCAGAAGCGGAGGCUGGAGAGGAAGGGGGCAAAGAGGCAGAGUGGUGAAGAAGCCAAGGAAUCUCCCCCUCCUGCUGUGACAAGCUCAUCUUCCCCCUGGUCUCUCAGGACCAGAAGAGGCAUGAAGUGGGAGGAACAAUGAGAGAGAAGAUGAAGGAGUCUCAGGUUGCUGGGGAAGGACCCAGGAGAGGAGCUGUAGAGAGCGGUGGGAAGGUGGGGACAUUCACUCCCUACUGGGAAGAGUUGCUGUGAUCCCAAGGCCUGCACUGUUCUGGUUUCUUUGAAUAAAGAGUUAACUUCUAAGGCACUGGGCAUUUUAUCGCUGACCUGAUCCUGACACUCUACUACAGUGGUACCUCGCGUUAAGAACUUAAUUUGUUCUGGAGGUCCGUUCUUAACCUGAAACUAAUCUUAACCUGAGGUACCACUUUAGCUAAUGGGGCCUCCUGCUGCCACUGUGCGAUUUCUGUUCUCAUCCUGAGGUAAAGUUCUUAACCCAAGGGACUAUUUCUGGGUUAGCGGAGUCUGUAACCUGAAGUGUCUGUAACCUGAAGCGUCUGUAACCCAAGGUAUCACUGUACCAACAUUUUGGGAAUCAAAAGGUUGGAAACCUUCUCUGGUGCACUGUGGGGGAGAAGCUGGAGCCAGGAUUUCAUGGUCUUGUUCUCUCCUGUAGGAAAAGUAAAAGGUUGCUUAACGCCUCCAUGUCCAGAAAGUGAAGGAAAUGGGGGCACCUGGAUCCCACUGGCUGUUUGUGUCACUCUGCAGUCUCUAAUCAUAUUCGUGCUGGGAGUGCUGCUAUGGAGAAGCUGUCGGUAAGUGGAGAAUUGUCCUGACCAAGCUUGUGAGCAUCAAGAGGAAGGGAAGAAGGGAAGACCUUGGAUCGAGGUCGUAGGGAGUUGUUGUUGGUCAGAAAAGAUGGUACAGAGCUAGGAAACCAAGCGGGGCUGGUUUCAAAGAGUCCUCGUUGCAUUCAAUACAAACAAAACUUUUCCCAAGCUGCAUUAAGUCCUGUAGAACCAGUCCUGCUCAUUUCCAACACAGUUGGUUUGAGCCAGGAAAAGUCAGCUGCGGAGAGUGGCUACUGGCCAGCGCCUGGGAUGUCACCACCUCUGCAAAGCGUUGGUGGCAUUUGUGUGUUUUGAGUGCACAGGUGAAGAAUGGGUGUGUAAACAGGUCCUUGUGCUGGUUUAUUAACGGUAAUUUUUUCAAAAAAAAAAGGCAGAUAGCUGGUCUGAAGGACCCAGCGAGGAGCAAGAUGGCGAGCUGAUCUAGGGGACUUGCAUGAAAUGUAAGAAGGAAAAGGAUAAAAAAAGAUAUGAAACUGUCACGCCAUUGUGCAAGUCUCUGUGGCUACCACGUUUGGAAAAAGUGUGUAUGGGUCUGAUCACAGCAUCUCAAAAAGGGAAUUGCAGAGUUAGGAAAGGUGCAGAAAAAGCCAGACUGGCUGGAGCACUUCUUCUAGGAGGAAAAGGCACAAAUGUUGCUCCUAUUCAGUGGUAGGCAGGGCUGGAGGCAAAAAUGGGCAUCUCAAGAAAUGUACAUUUUACCACAGUAGGCUAGUUGAUGUCCUCACCCCUGCACCCCACGGUGGCCUCCAUUGAAAGAGGGAAGAGGCCUCACCUGAGUUCAAGGGAACAUCCCAGCCACUUGGGGUUCGAAUCAGGACUGGUGAGGGGGUGGCAGCCUAGGGAGAGUGCUGAGGGCCACACAGAAAGGCCUGCAAUUGGCUUCUGGGCCACAGCUUUCCAGUCCCUGUUGUACACCAGACACAGGCCACUUCAACCCACACCCUGCAUUUAACACACAUUUAUUUACUGUAUUUUUGUUAAUUUUUUUAUUAUUAAUUUUCAGUUACAGUGGUACCUCAGGUUACAUACGCUUCAGGUUACAGACUCCGCUAACCCAGAAAUAGUGCUUCAGGUUAAGAACUUUGCUUCAGGAUAAGAACAGAAAUCGUGCUCCAGCGGCGCGGUGGCUGCAGGAGGCCCCAUUAGCUAAAGUGGUGCUUCAGGUUAAGAACAGUUUCAGGUUAAGAACGGACCUCCGGAACGAAUUAAGUACUUAACCCGAGGUACCAUCGUACAACAAAUCCAUAUGUGCCAGAUUAUAUUAAUAUCAAACAGCAAUACCAAUUCAAAUACAAAUCAAUUACAUAGCCAAUGAUAAUUGUUGUGUGGCUUCCCAUGUGCUGUACUAUCGCUCAAACCAUAUACAAUCCAUUAUUGAUAAAAACCCUUAUACCACAGCUACAAUAAUUAACUUCAAUUUGCAUUAACACAUAUAGUAGUUUGUAAGUUCGCAAAUGAAGUUCUUUCUUCUUCCUGUGUGAGGUUUUAAUUUCCAUCAAUUGUUCCUUUAAUUCUUCAUCAAAUAUUAUGUCCACAUUAAUUAUUCCUGAUUUCUUUUGUGCCUUAUGGCUCUGUUGAGUUACUCUGGAGAGGUCUCUCCCUUUGUUCUCAACUCUUCCGAUGCAGCUGUAAAAUUCCACUUUCGAUUUCAAGCGGGGAGACAUUUAAAUCGCGGGAGGAUCCUGCACACUGUUAAGGAUGUUAGCUCUGUGAUCUAUCAAUCUAUUUAUUUAUUCCCCACCCUUCCUUAUAGUGAAAGCUAGGGUUUUCCCAGUAGUGAUGUAUGGAAGUGAGAGCUGGACCAUAAAGAAAACUGAUCGCCAAAGAAUUGAGGCUUUUGAAUUAUGGUGCUGGAGGAGACUCUUGAGAGUCCCAUGGACUGCAAGAAGAUCAAACCUAUCCAUUCUGAAGGAAAUCAGCCCUGAGUGCUCACUGGAAGGACAGAUCCUGAAGCUGAGGCUCCAAUACUUUGGCCACCUCGUGAGAAGAGAAGACUCUCUGGAAAAGACCCUGAUGUUGGGAAAGAUGGAGGGCACAAGGAGAAGGGGACGACAGAGGACGAGAUGGUUGGAUAGUGUUCUCGAAGCUACCAGCAUGAGUUUGACCAAACUGCGGGAGGCAGUGGAAGACAGGAGUGCCUGGCGUGCUCUGAUCCAUGGGUCACGAAGAGUUGGACAUGACUAAACGACUAAACAACAACAACAAACCCUUCCUUCACCCUAAGUCCCCAGAGCAGGUUACAGCAUUAAAGCACAAUAUUAAAAAAAAACAUUUCGAACAACUUACAGCCAUCAAAAUUGCUUGCCAUUUACAGCUACGGUUCCAGAAUUCGUUGGGAGGAGUCCCUAAAGUGGUAUACAGUGGUACCUCAGGUUAAGAACUUAAAUCGUUCUGGAGGUCCGUUCUUAACCUGAAACUGUUCUUAACCUGAGGUACCACUUUAGUUAAUGGGGCCUCCCGCUGCCACUGUGCGAUUUCUGUUCUCAUCCUGAAGCAAAGUUCUUAACCUGAGGUGCUAUUUCUGGGUUAGCGGAGUCUGUAACCUGAAGCGUCUGUAACCUGAGGUACCACUGUAAAUGUGUUUUUAAUGUACAGCGAGCAUGAGACCUAUGUGACUGUUAGGGUUUUUAUCUAUCCGAGCUGCUCCAGCAAGUGGUACUUUUGUACAGUGGUACCUCUGGAUGCGAACAGGAUCUGUUCUGGAGCCCCAUUCGCAUCCUGAAGCAAACGCAAUCUGCUUCUGCGGGUCACGAUUUGCUGCUUCCGCACAUGCGCAUGACUUCAUUUUGAGCAUCUGUGCAUGCGCAAGCGGCAAAACCCAGAAGUAACACAUUCCAUUACUUCCGGGUUGCCGCGGAGCACAAUCUGAAAAUGUUCAACCCAAAGCUACUUCAACCCAAGGUAUGACUGUACUAUGUUUUGUGUAGAUCAUGUGAGUGUCUGAGUGAAUGUGAGACAGGAAGUCUGAGUACUGUUGGAAGUUGCCCUGCUGGCCAGUGGGUGACACCGGACGGCACACUUGCAUUUCUUCUUUCCUUUUGAGUCAAUCUUUCCCAUCUCUCCUUGCAGCCAGAAGCAUCCAACCCACCUUGAGGAGCUCAGGAAAGGUACGUGAUUGGAGGUUCCCUGGCGUCUGUGCCUACAUUCAGGGAUGUUUCAACAUCUGAAGGCAGGGAAGUUUUUAACGUUUGACAUUUAUUGUGCUUUUGUUUUUAAUUCUUUAUUGAAAAGUAAAAAGUGCAAAAUUACAAGUGCGCAGAGUAAGACACAAACAAGAAGCAGCAGCAAGAAAUAGUACCCAUUUGGAAAACAAAACAAAACAGAAAAAAAUAUAUUGUGUGGACAUUACAAUAUGUUAUUUUAGUUAUAGUGUUUGUAAUAUUUUGUUCAGGAGCCUGCAGAGUGGCUGGGACAACCCAAUCAGAUGGCUGGCAUAUACCGUACUUUUCCAUGUAUAAGACGAGAUUUUUUUUUAAUUAAAAAAUAAUGUUAAGAAUUGGGGGUCGUCUUAUACCUAGAUAGUGUAUAGUGGGUGUGUGAUUUGUUGCCGCCGCAAACUGGAGAUUGUCAGCGGCUACUGGGUGUGUUAUUGGUGGUUGUGGCAAGGGCUGUUGUUGAUUGGCUGUCACCGCGGCAAUUGGGUGGGCGAUUGGCGGCUUCUGCCAGCGAGGGGGCAGACGAUAGGUGGCUUUUGCGACUCGUGCUAGUGGCAGCAUAUGUCAGUCAGGUGAGUGAUUUUUGGCAGUCCCCCCCAAAAAAGCUCCAGAAUGUCUGGGCCACUCCCCAUUAAAAAAGCUGAACAACUUUGGGCCAUCUCCCCCCAUUCUCUUAAUUUGGAGUACCCCCAAAUAGGGGGCGUCUUAUACAUGGGGGUGUGUUAUACACAGAAAAAUACGGUAAACAUUAUUAUUAUUAUGUGGGGUGGAAAGUGCAAAGGAAAGUGUGGCUGGUAAUGCAACUGGAGCAAGGAAUUCUGGGUUGGCUAGGGGAGAGUUCUAGUGAGUUGGAGCAGGGAGGGUUGUGGGUUGACCCUCGCAGUACGAGGCCUGCAUAUCUUUGGCCUAAUUGCGACUUGGCAUGGACAUCAAAAACCCUCUAGCCUCGACCGGGACGCUUCACAUACCUCUGUCUCUGCCGGGUAGGAUUGCAGCCAUGAGCAGCCUUACGCUCGUGUAAGCGCUGUGGAUCUGGGCCCAUAACCCUGUUGUUGGGAUGCUGCCGGGAGACAGGGGCAAUUGGCAGGCCCACAGCUGGCUCCAGCCACUGGCUGGCAGCUGGGCAAAAUUCUGGUUCUCAGAACAGCAUCAAAACUGCGACUCAAGCCUCAGAAACCUUGAGAGACUGGGCACACAAUCCAGCAGAGAUAAGAACUCUUUGCAGCAGGGGGCCGCUAGGGGCACAUUGGAAGAUGGCCAACAAUACCAUCUCUCCGGCUCACAUAAGGUAAUUAAGAGGCUAAUAUGGGAGUAAUUAGCCUCCCGAGUUUUUCCAGGGAAUUGGGAAAACACUGCCUUUGCCUGCGGUUGCCGAUAAAUCACCUCCGAGUUCGAAAGAAGGAGGGGGUGAGGGCACUAGACGCACAGCACUCGUGUGAGUUUUUUCCGCUCUCCCGGACGCCGUCUCUGAUCAUGCGACCUGGUUGCAGGAGCUCAAAAUAAACAAUUAAAGAGCAGCAAAUGCACAUGUUUCGAGUGAAGAAAGGGAGUUUAGACUGCUAAUUGAAGUGACCUCUGUGAAGCUGAGCGACGGGAUGGAUUCAACAGGAAAAGAUAUCAAGAAGAAGAUAUAUCAAAGAUGUCGGUAUGUCGGAACGGGAUGGAAAGGGGGGGGACUUUUCUUUUUUCCUCUAUGUGAUUACCUAACAAUCCCCCCCAAGAAGAACCGUUGCAACAAUUGAUAAUAAGCGGGAUGAUUAUGAACUGUGUGGAAAUGAAUUAUUAAUCAAAGGCUUUGUUUGUGGAGAUUUGGAAAGGAAUGGAAGGCUUUUGGAAUGACGCAGUUUUAAAAAGAGAUUCGCCAUGACAGGCAGGCUUCGUUGCAGGAUUGAUGAUCAAGAGGGGGAGGAAGCCAUGGCUUUGUUAUCAUAUUGGACUCUGUGUCUGACCUGGCAGAACCCCCUGAAAAGAUCGAGGUGGGAGUGACAAGCCUGAGAAGAUUAAUGAGCAGACGCUAAGACUGUUUUCUAUGGAAGUGCUGAUAUGGCGUCUGCUGUUUGAAUAUGAUUCUUGGAUUAAUGCGAAAAUACACACAGGACUAUAACUGUUUUCAACUCGCUAGUGGAGAUUAUCAGAGGUUACAAAGAAAGGAAAAAUAUACAAUAACAACAAGAAGAGAUGAGGAAAAUAACAAAGAGAGUGAAUACUAAUCGGACAGAACUGUGAACAUCAAAGCAGCAGCAAUAAAAAUGAUUGGAUCCCUUUCUGAGCUCGAAGCAUGGGUACCCCCAACAAAAAUUUAAAAUUCGGUUUUGUAAUUUGGAAUUAAUGUGAUUUGAUUGGUUUAUUAAUAAAAAUAUUUUUUUUAAAAAAGAACUCUUUGCAACAGAAGUAGCGGACAGACACAUGUGUAAGCAUAUUUACAGCAUUUAUUCAGCAGCAGGACAAAGGAAAAACAUGUCUUCUUCCCUCCGUGUCCAAGCAAAACAGCAGCAUUUCAAAAGCAAUAUACAACGGAAGUUCCCAGCAGAUUGUGCUGGAAGUAAACAGACAUGUGACAUACAACAACUCCACAUAUCUGUUCCUCUUAAGGCGGAACGGAACAUCAAUAUCCUAACAGUCCAACGAUAGGAUGGGAGACACAGGAAUUUUAGACUCUGGGUUGUGUAGGGUGCUCUUUCAAUGAACAUGCUUGUUGUUUCACUCAUUUCCAAAUGUGGUAUGCCAGCCCUGGGGUACUGCCAAAUCCCAGUGUUCGUAGAGUCUAAGAUCCUGGGUUCAUUCCUUUGCGUCUGCAGGUAGGACUGGCAGAGACCCCCUGCCUGAAACCCCAUAGAAGAACUGCCAGUCAGGGUAGACAGUCCUGCUCUAGAUGGACCAAAUUGUCUGACUCUGUAUAAGGCGGUUACUCAUGCUCCACUGCUACAUGCGGGAGUCCUCCUGCUUCUUCUGCUGAAGAGUGAAAAAUAUAAGUAGUAUAAAAAGGUAAAGGGACCCCUGACCAUUAGGUCCAGUCGUGACCGACUCUGGGGUUACGGCGCUCAUCUCACUUUAUUGGCCAAGGGAGCCGGCAUACAGCUUCCGGGUCAUGUGCCCAGCAUGACUAAGCCGCUUCUGGUGAACCAGAGCAUUUACCUUCCCGCCAGAGCGGUACCUAUUUAUCUACUUGCACUUUGAUGUGCUUUCGAACUGCUAGGUUGGCAGGAGCAGGGACCGAGCAACGGGAGCUCACCCUGUCAUGGGGAUUCGAACUGCCGACCUUCUGAUCAGCAAGUCCUAGGCUCUGUGGUUUAACCCACAGCGCCACCCGAGUCCCUAAUAAGUUGUAUACUUAUAGUAUACCUAUACUAUAAGUAGUAUUGGGUGCCAUAAUUUUGUGAUCCAAUAGGUGGGAGUGUUUGGCAAGUCAGACCGACUAUGCACAAAUAAUGAUGAGGUGGUAAAAUUGCCCCUGCAUUGUGCUGUGUGCCAGAUUGCAGAUAGGGGCAUGCAUGGUUUCUCAGUAAAAAAUAAAUAAAUCACAGCACAUACAGAACUAAAAAUAGUGAGAGGUUAUCCUAGAAACAGUUUUCCUCAAGUCUGUUUAUAUUUUAAGCGAGAGAGCUACGCAGUCCCCCACUUCCCUCUGAAUUGGCCCAGCCCUGUUCAGAAACUGUAUCUGCUUUCUGUGUGAACUAGACAGGUAAAGGUAAAGGGACCCCUGACCGUUAGGUCCAGUUGUGACCAACUCUGGGGUUGUGGCACUCAUCUCGCUUUAUUGGCCGAGGGAGCCGGCGUACAGCUUCUGGAUCAUGUGGCCAGCAUGACUUAGCCGCUUCUGGUGAAACCAGAGCAGCUCACGGCAACGCCGUUUACCUUCCCGCAGGAGCGGUACCUAUUUAUCUACUUGCACUUUGACGUGCUUUCGAACUGCUAGGUUGGCAGGAGCAGGGACCGAGCUACGGGAGCUCACCCUGUCAUGGGGAUUUGAACCACCAACCUUCUGAUCGGCAAGUCCUACGCUCUGUGGUUUAACCCACAGCGCCACCCGCAUCCCUAGACUCAAGCAUACGUCAAACUUUUCAAGCACACGGCUUCUUCCCCCAAAGAAUCCUGGGAACUGUAAUUUGUCAAGGGUACUGAGAUUUGUAGCUUGGAACUAUACAGUUCCCAGAAUUCUUUGGGGGAAGUCAUGUGGUUUGAAUACGUGGUGUGGAUCUGCAUGCCUGGGGUAGGAUAAUAGUUUAUUGUUUCUGUGUCUGCCUGUGAGCCACACUGCGUGUUUCGUUAGAGGGUUUUUGAGAGCAGAAAUGUUUUAGUUUCUGUGUCUCUGUGAGUUCUACAAUUCCAUCGCACAGCGGAUGUGAAAUUUGUGAUCAGAAUUCAGCACUGAGAGAAACAUCAGAGAAACGCUUUCUUUUUCUUUUCAAAACAGAAGCAUAUAAUAGCUGAUUAUCCCUCCCCCAAAUUCUGAGCAAAAUACAGUGGUACCUCAGAUUAAGAACUUAUUUCGUUCUGGAGGUCCGUUUUUAACCUGAAACUGUUCUUAACCUGAAGCACCACUUUAGCUAAUGGGGCCUCCUGCUGCCGCCGCAUGAUUUCUGUUCUCAUCCUGAGGUAAAGUUCUUAACCCGAGGUACUAUUUCUGAGUUAGAGGAGUCUGUAACCUGAAGCAUCUGUAGCCUGAAGCAUCUGUAACCCGAAGUACCACUGUAAUGCAUUUUGCAAACUAAGCAAACACAACCAAUUGCAUAAUUGAUUCUGGCUGUGGCAAACACCCCUUGUUUUGAUAUAAUUACCUUCCGCGGGAUUUUGAUUGUUAAGCCCAGAGCAUACACAGGUGAAAAACAGAAUGACUCAUCCCUCUGUCAUUUUACAGAUGUUUCCAAGUUGGACGGCACAUCACAAGUCUAUGUGAAUGUCAGGACCUGAUGAGAAAUCCCUGCUGUGGCGAGGGAAAGCCUUUGGUUCCCAAUGAGUCAGCCAACCCUGGACCACACCUAGUGGAGCUUGUAUGCUGUUAUGACCCUCCGGCAUUAACUUUUUCCAGGCAUCUGAUUUUAUCUGUCCUUCCCUUCCAGGGAAGACUUUACACCUUGCCAAACCUUCCCUAGAUUUCUGCAUAAUUCUCGUAGGUGGAAGGAUCAGGCACAGAAAGCAAUUCUCCCUGCAAGAUAUCUUAUUAUCUGUGUCCGUUUUUCAUUUGAAGCAGUUUCCUGCCUGGUCUCAUGUCGAAUAUUUGGGGAGGCCAUCCUUUCAGCAUCAGGAUUUCGGGAGCGGUUGUACUGUUAACAGUUGGGGCUUAGCCACACUUAUCUUUUGCCUUGCUCCUUCCACACACAGGUGUGCACUUUGAAGCUCUUUGUCCGAGCUCCCCUUUUUCCUCAACGAAAACCUGCUAUUUACUGUCGAAUCAGAGCAAACUGUAAUCCGCAGAAAACCAGAAAUUGCCAUUGUUUUGCUUCAGCUUUAAAAAGCAGGUUUUUGUGGGAAAAGCUCCGGGGGGUGGUGGAGCUCGAACACAGAGCUUUAAAAAUGCCUGGAAAAAAUGCGGGGGGGGGGGAGGGGAGGAAAGUGUGGAAAAGCACCCUGCUUAUGCCUGGUGUAGUGGUUAAGAGCGGUCGACUCGUAAUCUGGUGAACCGGGUUCACUUCCCCGCUCCUCCACAUGCAGCUGCUGGGUGACCUUGGGCCAGUCACACUUCUCUGAAGUCUCUCAGCCCCACUCACCUCACAGAGUGUUUGUUGUGGGGGAGGAAGGGAAAGGAGAAUGUUAGCCGCUUUGAGACUCCUUAAGGGGAGUGAAAGGUGGAAUAUCAAGUCCAAACUCCUCCUCCUCCUCCUCCUCUUCUUCUUCUUCCAGCAAUGUUCCACUGCCACCAAACAUUUCACUAGCGGAAUAGGUGCACUGCUAAGUGGCUUUAACUUACCUUGAAUAUAAUUCUAUAUGUCAGCAUGUGAAGUUUUUAAAAAUAUAUAUUCUUUAUUGAAAAAUAAAAAGUACGAAAUUACAAGUGCACAGAAUCACAAAAACGAAGAAGAAACAAGAAAUAGUACCCAUGUUGAAAACAAGCAAACAAAGAAAUAUUGUGUGCAUUGCAAAAAAGGGGAGAAAUUUGUUAUUGUGGUUAACCAGACCUUAAUCUAAUACAGUAUUUAUAAAAAUGAAUUCCAAAAAAUGUUAAAUUUGUCCAUAGCAAGUUUAUGUUUCUACACAAAGUUUAUACAUGUCUUCAAUCAUGAAAGGGAGCUGCAUUUUUAUUUUUCCAGUUCAUCAGCAUGUGGAGCUUUCCAGAGACCAGGCAUGAGCCUUGUCGCUUGACAAUAAGCACCAGCCAAGCUGCUGUUAAAGGCACAGAAGCUGGGGUCCUGGAAGAAGUUGGCAGCUUUCAUGACCCCUGUGUGGAAGGGGAAUCUCCCCCCAGGUGCUGCAUAUCCUGGAAAAGUGUGGCAGGGACUUGGGACCGGCAGGGCGGAACGGCAGAGAGGUCAGUCGCAGGCAAAGGCAAAGCCCAAGACAGGCAAGAGCCAAUAGGUUCUCCACUGAUCCCUGUCAUCCCUGCUGAGUUCUGCAAAGGCAACCCUGAGACUAAGGAGGAGAAGGAGGAAUCAUUGUCAUUGUCAGGGCCAUCUUUCGUAUAUGCGGUGCCAGGGUGCAAAGAUCCACUCACCGCCCCCCAGGUCAAAGUUGCUGAGCUUUUUUUAUGGGUGCGCAAGUCUAAGUUGUUGAGCUUUUGAGGGGAGAACAGCUAAAAAUGCUAACAUGAAAAAAUAGAAAGCGGUAGUGCGGUAGUGAUAAUGCCCGUCUUCUGUUUUUGCGGUCAUGCAAAAAUGAAAGACACUACUAAGGGGCACCGCCGGAUACAUUGAUUCUGCAGCUCUUCCGCAAAAGACACCGGAAAUGAUGAUGAUGAUGAUGAUAAUUUAUUAUUUAUACCCCGCCCAUCUGGCUGGGUUUCCCCAGCCACUCUGGGCGGCUUCCAACAUAAUAUUAAAAUACAAUAACCUAUUAAACAUUAAAAGCUUCCCUAAACAGGGCUGCCUUCAGAUGUCUUCUAAAAGUCUGGUAGUUGUUUAUUUCCUUGACAUCUGAUGGGAGGGUGUUUCACAGGGUGGGUGCCACUACUGAGAAGGCCCUCUGCCUGCUUCCCUGUAACUUGGCUUUUCGCACCGAGGGAACUGCCAGGAGGCCCUCGGCUCUGGUCCUCAGUGUCCGGGCAGAACGAUGGGGGUGGAGACGCUCCUUCAGAUAUACUGGACCAGUUGAACUAUAUAUCUGUAUCAGUUGAACUAUAAUAAUGAGACAGGGGGUGGGGUGGGGGGCAGGCCAGUCUGAACGAUUUCUCCACCUGCCCUCAACUCUGCAAAAAGAGAUUGCUAGAGUAGGUCGGUGUGGUUGGAGAAGCUUAGCCUGGCACAUUCCCUUUUUUUUGCCGGGGGAUUGGCACGGGUGGUCCCAAAUGCCUUUGCAUAAGUAAAGAAACGGACAGAGGUUCCUUGUGCAAGGUGGCCAUUCUUGCUUCCCCCUCGCUUCCCCCUGCCAGGGUGGGGAUGAUGCCAUCCAGCUGUCUCUCUGCAAACUGGAUCUUCAGCUAAAGCCAGGCUGGCAGAGGCACUGGAGAAGGCGACUUGCUGUCUGCAAGAAUCCUACAGGAUCGGUGACCGAACACCCUCAAUAGAAAUCAGAGAGAGGAACAGUCAAUCGUGAGUGUGUUUAGAGCUCUGAACCAUACGCUCAACUUCUGUAAUGUAGUCUGUCCUGGGCCCGCCUCCCUCCUCGUUUAUUCCCCUUGAAAGAGUGCAAUCCAAACUCCUCAGAGCCCUUCUGCAAUUUCCUAGAUGCGUUUCAAAUGCAUGGGUCUUAGGCAAAGAUCACAAGACGACCUGGCAGGUAGUCAGAUUCUGCACCCAGAUUUGUAGGCACAGAUCAUCCUCUAGAAAAUAGCUUACUAGGGAAAUGCUGAAGUCUCCCUUUGGGGCGCCUCAGGGUCAGUUUUUUAUGGUAGCCCAAAUCUCAGUUGUACGGGUGUAUGUAUGUAUCUCAAUUUUAACUCACGAGCUAUUGCUGCAAUCUGCUCCGAUUGUAUAUUUUAUCUUUAUGAAUGCUGUUUUUAUUGUGUUAUGUUAUGUGAGGUGGUCUUUGACUGUAAUAAAUUAUCUGUCUAUCUAAUGUAGUCUGUCUGUCUGUCUGUCUGUCUCAAAACACCAGUAAACUUCAAGGCAUUUUAUUCAAAGGAAACAGAACCAAGCAAAGGUCUCACUAGUAAAUUUCUCAGCACUUGGAGAGUGCUGGGUGUAACCGUUAUCACUGCCUCCUCCAAAGUAUGCUAGGAAUUGUUAUUACUCCUUGAAAUAUUCUUUUGCCCUCCUGCCCAGAACUACAAUCGUCAGAGCUCCUAAGGGAGAGGACUUUUUAGGCUGCAGUUGUAUACCCGCUUACUUGGGAGUAACUGAACUCAAUGGGAUUCCUGAGCAGACAGGUAUAAUAUGACUGUGCUC